AUAAUAUGCACAAAGGCUACAGUCAUAUUAAAUAUACAAAAAUAAAGGUAUUACUUAACAAUAACGAUCAUAUUUAGUAGUUUCUCCGGUGAUUAAACAGGACUUUAAUGUAGGCUAGUUAAUGGCACAAGCCUUAAAGACUUAUUUUUUUUAAUUGAGAUGGAAACUUAUCUAUGCAUUAGACUGCUGUAAUAACACACCGUAAUGAAUAACUUUAAAUUAAUUUGAAUAUAUUGACAAAAAUGUGUAAAUGUUGGCCUGGCCUGUAUUUAAAAAGUUGUUGUAGGCCUAUUUUAAAUAUUUAACAUGAUAAAAGGAUAAUUGGUGUCACUUGUAGUAACGCCCAUUGAUACAAAAGGGUGUCUGAUGCAUAGUAAUGGGGCUUUAAUCUGUCACCCUAAAGUCUACCCACUGACAGCUGUCCGUGUAUGUUGACGUGUUCCUGGGGAUAUUAUGGGGUCGCUCUGACCACGGUCUCGGCUGCAGAGUCCACUUCGCAUUUUGAGCGACGCCCCCAAAUUCCGUGCAGAGUGUUUGCAGACCCUCCGGGACGGAGAGGUGGAGGAGGAAUCGGCAGCUCCACCGUCCAUAUACACUACAAUCACCACGCCAUUAGUUCAUGACUUCAUCAUAUGUUUGACAGGAGAGUUUGGACCCUAUUUGGAAGCUCUCCAGGACUCUGAGGCUGCUGCAGAGAAUGGGAAUAGGGACACAGGCCAAGGCUUGCCAUUUUGGCUGAAGUAACAGCAGGACGGUUGUCAACCCCGCAUCGGCUUCAAUCCCCUUCUCCCUUACCACUCCUCCCACACACACACACACACACACACACACACACACACACACACACACACACACACACACACACACACACACACACACACACACACAUACACACACACACACACUCACACAAGGACAGACACCCCCCACACAGCCAUUGCUAUGUCCACUGCCGUAGACAUCGCUGGCCCUUCCUCCCCAGAUCAGCCCCACAGCAGUGCUAAAAUCCCCAAUGAGCCUCUGAGACCCAGCCUUAAGCGCUCCAACCACCCCUACAGCCUCUCCCAUUACAUCUCCACCCCUUCCCCUGCCGUGGACGUCAAAGGCCUGAUCCAGCCCUCUCCGACCCAGCAGCGGGCUGCCCAGCCUGCGCACACUAAGCCCCGCCGGGCCCCUUCCUGGCCUGACAUGUGGGAGUCGCCCAGCGGGCUCCACCUGGCCCACGCCGCAGAGCUGCUGAUGCGCGCUGGGCUGCUGGCGCUGACCCCGGCCUCCACAGAGCAGGCCGGCCUGGGCGCACAGAGCAGCCAGCCGGUUAAAAGGGAGGCUGUAGAGGCAAAGGGGGAUGCGGAGGGAGGCGGGUCGGGGCCCGAGGAGGACGAAGAGGACUCCUCUGGAUGUGGCACCGAAUUCCAGCCCUUCCUGGGUGCUUGGUUCCCCUUCAGCCCCGCUCUGUUCCCCUUGGCAGGCUUCCAGAUGGGGGGAGGCCACUGGAGGAGCGCGGCCAUGGGAGCUGAGGGCAUCGAGGGGCUGGUGGCCGAGGGCUACUCACCUGGCUCUCUGGGCGGGGGCAGCGGAGGGAGGAGGAAGAGGAAGAGGUGUGGGGAGUGCGUACCUUGUCGGCGACAGACGAACUGCGACCAGUGCAGCAGCUGCCGCAAUCGCAAGAGGGGACACCAGAUCUGUAAAUACAGGAAGUGUGAGGAGCUGAAGAGGAAGCCGGGGGGUCCUGGGUUUGAGAGCAGAGUGUCUGGGUUUGAUCUAAGGGGCUCCGACUUUACUUUGGGUCUGGCACAGGAGAGAAGCAACAGCACCUUGGAUGGAUAAUACUGAUAGGGUGGGUGGCAGCAUUUGUCAGAGGAUCCUGGUUGGAUGAUUGUUGAGGGGCUGCAGUAAAUAAAAGCACACAGGACACCAUGAUAACACUCAGACUGUGGUUCAAAGAUCUCGUCAGAUCUCGUGCUUAACGAGGAGCUGCAGCUCCGUUAGAGAAUGUCCAAACUCGUUCCCAUCCUUUCUUUUGACAAUCAGUGAGUCGGAGAGGAGAGAAAAAAGGAUACCAAUGUGUGUCAAUAUUUAGAUGACGACAAAAAAAAUGCUGUAAAUAGACUGUAAAUAUCUGGAAAACAUUAUGUCUUUUUCUACAUCCCUUUCCAGUUUGGAUGUAUUGUGUUUCAACAUAAAAAAAAGGAGCCAAAUGUUUUGUUUCUAACGGGGAGUUUUGUUUUCUGUUGUUCUGACGUCACUGCAUCAGUAAGAAAUGAAUGAGUUCAGCUUAGGCUAAAUUAUUUCAUGUGCAACUUGUACUGUAUAGCUCUGUUUGCCCUUUUGAAAUCAAAUAAAUUGGCCAUGUGAA